UGAGCCUGCCCGCGGACGGACGCUCCCGCAGACCCCUGCGCGGCAUGGCCUCCGUGCUGGGCAGCAGCCGAGGAGCUGGAGGGCUCAGCGGGCAACUCCGGUGCAAGUGCAAGAGGCGGCGGCGGCGGCGGUCCAAGAGGAAAGACCGACUCGGCUCGCUGUCCACCUUCAUCUCGCCCUUCAAGCACCUCAGCCCCACAGCCACGCACGCUGAGGAUGAGGACAGUCUCAGUACAAGCAGUGCAGAGGUGAAAGAGAACCGGAACGUGAACAGCCUGGCGUCCAGCGAGCGGGCCUGCGGAGGGGUGCCGGGGCUCAAGAGGAAGCGGCCACUGGAAGAGGGCAACAGCGGCCAUGUAUGCCAGCUGCAGCUGCUCUGGAAGCGGCUCUCAUGGUCCGUGGCACCCAAGAAUGCACUGGUGCAGCUGCACGAGCUGCAGCCGGGGCUGCAGUACCGCACGGUGUCACAGACUGGCCCUGUGCACGCACCCAUCUUCGCCGUGGCCGUGGAGGUGAACGGGCUGACAUUCGAAGGCACGGGGCCUACCAAGAAGAAAGCCAAGAUGCGGGCAGCAGAGCUGGCCCUCAAGUCCUUCGUGCAGUUCCCCAAUGCCUGCCAGGCACAGUUGGCACUGGGCAGCGGGACCAGCUCCUGCCCCGACUUCACCUCUGACCAGGCUGACUUCCCGGACACACUCUUCAAGGAGUUUGAGCCCUCAGAGCCCGGCAGCAACCUCCCGGGCCACCGCGCCACUGCCCCCGAGCUGCUGCCCACGACAUGCCCGCGGAGUCGGCUGCUGUGCCACACGCUGGACCUGCUGGGCCCAGCGCGGCCAGAAAGGCCUCGGCCACCUGCCUGGGGCAUGGGCACAGGCGAGAGGAACCCCGUGGUGGUACUGAGUCAGCUGCGCUCUGGCCUGCGCUAUGUGUGCCUGUCACAGACAGCCCCGCGGCAGCGGCCCCGGAGCUUUGUCAUGGCUGUGUGCGUGGACGGGAGUACGUUUGAAGGCUCAGGACGCAGCAAGAAGCUGGCCAGGGGCCAGGCAGCACAGGCCGCCCUGCAUGCCCUCUUCAACAUUCGUCUGCCCGGCCCCGGCCCCUGCAGAAGUAAAGGCUGCCUCCUGCCGCAGGAAUUCGGUGACUCGGUGGCGCAGCUGGUCGCGCAGAAGUUCCGCGAGCUGACCAGGGGCCUCGCGUCGGGGCACGGCCGCCACAAAGCGCUGGCGGGGAUUGUCAUGAGUAGAGGCCUGGACAUCCGGCAAGCACAGGUGGUGGUGGUAUCCUCAGGAACCAAGUGCAUCAGCGGCGAGUACAUCAGCGACCAGGGACUAGUGGUGAAUGACAGUCAUGCUGAGGUGCUGGCCCGCAGGGCACUACUACACUUCCUGUAUGCCCAGCUUGAGCUGCACCUGAGCAGGCAGCGUGAGGACCAGGAGCGCUCCAUCUUUGUGCGGCUGGAAGAGGGAGGCUACAGGCUGCGGGAGCAGGUGUUGUUCCACCUCUACGUGAGCUCAUCCCCCUGCGGAGAUGCGCGGCUGCACUCACCCUAUGAGAUCACAGCUGAGCUGAGCGGCAGCAAACACCUGGUCAGGAAGCUCCGUGGGCACCUGCGCACCAAGAUCGAAUCCGGGGAGGGCACUGUGCCCGUGCGGGCCGCCAGCACAGUCCAGGCAUGGGACGGUGUCCUGCUGGGCGAGCAACUGGUCACCAUGAGCUGCACAGACAAGAUCGCCAGGUGGACCGUGCUGGGGCUGCAGGGGGCCCUCCUCUGCCACUUCAUCGAGCCCGUGUACCUGCACAGCAUCAUCGUGGGUGGCCUGCGCCACACCGGCCACUUCUCCCGGGUGCUGAGUCACAGGAUUGGGGACAUCGGUCCACUGCCAGCCUCCUACCGGCAUAACUGGCCCCUCCUCUGCGGAGUGAGUGAUACUGAAGCACGUCAGCCAGGGAAGUCUCCCCACUUCAGCAUGAACUGGGUGGCCGGAGCAGCUGACGUGGAGGUCCUGGAUGCCACCACAGGCAGGAGGAGCUGUGGGGCCCCGUCCCGGCUCUGCAAACAUGAGCUCUCCGCACGCUGGGCCCGUCUGUAUGGGAAGCUGAGCCCACGGAUCCCAAACCCUGCAGACACACCAUCCUUGUACUGUGAGGCCAAGUCGGGGGCGUGUACCUACCAGGCGGUCAAACAGCAGCUGUUCCGAGCGUUCCAGAAGGCCGGCCUGGGCACGUGGGUGCAGAAGCCCCCAGAGCAGGAGCACUUCGAGCUGACUCUCUGAGCAGGCUGCGCCGGGCAAGUACACAUGUGCCUGGCGUGUGCGUGCAGCGUGGCUACAGCCGCUCAGGACUCUGCUCCCGACCUCCUGCUGCCCCAGAAAUGCACGA